GGAAAACGCAGGGAUUACAGCGCGUUCCCAGCAUCCUAGCUGCACCGAGCAUCCUAAAAAUAAACUCCUCGUGAAAUCUGCCUCGAUCAUUCUUUUUUUGGAGAUAAAACACAUUUUAUUACGGAGGACUGAUUCGUUUUUUUCCGUUAAGGAGGGGCUGCUGUUGUUGUUGCUGUGGACUGGAGCUGCAGCAGGCCGCCCACCAUCUGUGGAAGUGGGACAGCGGGACAGAUGGCGUCUCCAAGCCGAGCCGCGGGGCUUUGUCCAGCACAACAGACAAGGUGCCGUCAUUAAAAUAGCCGGCGUUUGCAGCUUGUUUUAUUUUUUGCGCGACUUUCUCCUCCACCGUGAUCAGCCAUGUUGGAGUGACUGGGUGCAACUGGAGGACCGGAACGCGUCCGUGCACCGCACGAGCUGAGACCGGCUCCCCUCCCUCCCCCUCCCCACCCCGCCGACUUAAUCCCCUUUAAGUCCGUCUCUGGGUGAACAAUGGUCGACAACCGCUACGCCACCGCUCUGGUCAUCGCCUGCGUGCUGAGCAUCCUGGCCACCGUGUAUCUGUCGGUGGCCGUCGGCACGCAGCACUGGUACCAGUACAGCAGCCCCACCGUGCGCGGCGAGGCCAACGUGUCCGAGCUGCGCUCCCUCUACGACGAGUUCAUGACCGGGGAGUUCGACGAGAAGACCUACAGCGACACGCUGUUCCGCCUCAACGGGACCGUGGGGCUGUGGUGGCGCUGCGUGCUCGUUCCACCCUCUGCCCACUGGGGCAGGGAGCCAG